UCGGCAGGGAUCAGAGCAUCUCUAACAAUAACCUUAAUCAGAACCUCCUGACCCGUACCAGAACCUCCUGACCCGUACCAGAACCUCCUGACCCGUCUGUUUGCUGCCAGAAUGCGUGGUGAUGCCAUCGGAGGAGCAGAGCUGCGUCAGCGUGAAGCUGCAGAGCAGAGACAGAUCUUCCUCCCAGCUCUUCUUCGUCCACAGAGAGGCGCCGCUGAGCUACGUGUUCUCCCAGUACCUGUCGCGGCUCCCCGCCGGCGCCCGCAGGUCGGUCCAGUUCCACUUCGACGGCUCCAAGGUGGCGGGCAGCCAGACGGCGGCGCAGCUGGAGCUGGAGGACGGAGACAUCAUCGAAGUUUGGACCUGAAGCUUCGCCGCUGGCUCGGUUCUGUCGGGCUCGGAAACCAUCAAACCCUCUGGAGUCCAGUUGGUUGGUCAACAGGUUCCGACUCCACAGCUGCUUUGUAUUUGAUUCUAAGGAUAAUAUUGAAGUUACUGGACGGGUUCUGGUCUUUCUGCAGAACCACAAAUUUACCAGAUUGUGUUAAUAAAUAAAGAUUAGAGAAUGAAACAUUUUCACUGAAUAUUAUUUCAUUCACUUCUUGUGCCUAAACUGUAGCUCCUCGGCUGUUGCCAUGGUUACCAGGGCUGCUCCAGCUGGGGACAUCCCGCUAAUGGCUCAUAGCAGAGCUAAUUAUUAGCUUAGCAUUUUUGCUAACUUUAGAAACGUUUAGCUAGCUUAACUUCCCCUAAGUUAAUUUUUCCAGGAAAAUGUUCAAGCUUUAAUUUUCUUGGCUGUUUUGUAAAUUUUUAGUUGACUAAAGUUCAAAAUCUGUCAAAGUUUUGGUUCAUUCUUCAAAUAAAUGUUUAUAUUCAUGCUCUUA